GCUGGUGGGGGCUGCAAGCGUUUCGGCCAAUCGGGCUUCGGAAGGUUUCCCCCACUAAGUUCAGCCAAUACGAGCGGAGAGAUCUCGAAAGACGUCACCGGGCGGUCUUCCUGACGAGAAAGGGCCGCCAUUUUCACUCAUUGGACUGAGAGAACGGAGAGCGGCGGCCGGGGCUCGUUUUGUAGACGGUACAUUGAGGGAAGCUGAUCAAAAGAUGCGAGGAGACCAUUAUGAAUAUGCUACAGAGCCCCGAAGACCAAGGGGGCGAGGACAUCGUGGCAGAGGCAAUUUUGGAAGAGGGAAUCGUGGGAUGAAAGGACAGAUGCCCUUUGGCCGAGGGAAGAUGCAAGAUAAACCAAUGAAUGGAAUUAUACCAAUGAGACGUGGCAUGGGACGGAUGCAUCCAUAUAUGGACCCCAGAGGACGUGGCGGAAUCAGAGGACGACCUCCAGGAUUUAUGCCACCACCACUUCCUCCAAGGGACAUGGGAGACCCCUUUCCACCAUCACCACCACCUCCACCUCCACUUCCUCCUCCGCAUUUCCAUCCAAUGAGGCGCGGCCAUCAUCCACCUCCCCCACCAGGACUUAUGGGAUUUAGAGGGAUGCCACCACCUCCACGUGGCCGGGGUAUGUUGCCACCACCUCCGAGAGGAAACUUCGGCCCACCCAGAGGCUUUCCCAAUGGACGCGGUGCUGCAGCACAUCCUCCGCCACCUGGCCGGGGCCAGCGAUGGCCCGUUCCGCCAGGUGGCAGACGCUUUUAAAGAGACACACUUUGUAGAAUGAAUUACAGAUUUUAACUGAUCGGAGAGCGAGACAGUUUUUUUUUUUUUUUUGCUUUUGUCUUUUUUUUAUUGCCAAAUGAGCAUUUUUAGUUGAGUUUCGGAAAGGAACAUUUGUUUUUUUACAACAGCCCUCAUAUGUUAAAACGGCAUACAAAAAAAAAAAAAAAAAAGGCCAAACGGCAUUAUAUAAGUUUUUUCUCUUUUGGACAAUUCACCAAACGUAUUUCAUAAUUAAAAGUGUGGACGUUGACUGCACAACGGGAAAAGAACUCACAAGAUGGGUCAAGCUUUUAAUGUAAUUAUAAUUAAAUAUCGGACUUCACAGGAUGGGUCAAGCUUUUUAAUGUAAUUUUAAUUAAAUAUUGGACUUCUCUGCAACUUUUUUUAAUGGUUGCUUUCAUUGUUUUUAUUUGUGAACUAAGCACUCCAAAACCUACACUUGUCAUAUAUAAGUUUUUUUUUUAAAUGUAAUGAUAAAUGUUAACGCUAAGCUAUGUGAAAACUAUCUGGAAUGUUGUGAGCAAUUUUUAGGAGUAGAACAAAAGAACUCUUCCUAAUUUAAUGUAUACAAAGCUUGACCUGGUUGACUGUAUAGGGUAGUGUAACUGUAACCUGUAAUAAUACUACAGUGGCUCUGUCAUGUUUUAUUUAUUUGCAUUACUUCCAACUAUUGGGAAGAGUGAACAUUUGUUGCUAAAGUUAAAAUCGUUCACACAGAGUUAUUUGUAUGCUUGUAAAACUGCCUCUAGUAGUUUUUUUUUAUAAUGUGAGCAAAAAAGCAAGAUAAAACGUGUUAAGUUGUUUUUUUUUAAAUGUAAUUUAUUUUAGCAGUACUGUUAAAUUGUAAACUGUACAUUGUUCUGAAGGGAGCCCCACUUUAUACGUAAUGCCGAGGGCUGAACCGCAGGUGAAGGCCGUUUAGUUUGGCUUUGUUCUUAUAUUUCCAAAGCCGAUAAACAGAUCAUAGACUGCGAUCAGAAUAAUAAAAUUUGAGAGAAGCAGAUAUAAGCCGUUCACAUGAAUAAAAGACUUGAUAUUUCUUAAAAGAAAAUUUCUUUAGUCCUGCAGUUAACAAUCAAUGUUUACAUUGUAACACUAAUGUAUGCUCCUGCCGAAAACAGUAUUUAUUUCAUGUUUUAAUACCUUUUUUCAUAUAUUUUUUUUUCUUUUUACACCAAUACAAAUGUAAAACUG